UAUGGAGAAAGCGAAGCUAUGGUGGGUGCGAUCCAACUGAUACGCAGGGAUGGGUUCGAGCCAGCAUGAGAGGCUCAAGCGGAAUCUUUAUUCCACUUCGGGUAUGCAUCUCUUGUCCGCCGAGAGCAGCGAUUUGUCGAUCCCGAUGGAAAUGCAGCGGCAAAUCCUUCACAGGCCGUGUCCAGCGGCUCUCAACUUCCACUCCACAAUCGCUUGGCUGCGCAGGGAUUCCAUUCCCAGGAGGACCAGCUCCAGUCCAGGUAUUCUCCACAAUCAGCUCGAAUUUGGAGGUCCCCGUCUCCUUCCCUCCACGGAUUCGCUACCAGCAACCUCUCUGCCGGUACCGGCGAACGCAUUUGCGCCACCGCCAGCGAGCGAAGAAGCGGCUGUCCUCCGGAUCCAGGCUCUCUACAGGGGAUCCAGGGUUAGAAGGUCGGCCAUAGCCAAUAAGAAAUGUGUGGUGAAAGUACAAGCAACGUACAGGAUGUGGAGGGAUCGAAGUAGCUACAGAAGGAUGCAAAGAGCCGCCGGGAGGAUCCAGCAGAGUUUCCGGGCUUGGAGAGAGCGGAGGCUGGAAGCUCUGGAGCAAAUGCUGCUGUUGGAAAGGAGAUCAGCUCUCGUGAUCCAGGCACACGCUCGCGGGCUUCUCGUCCGGCGUUGGAGGAGAGAACUGGAACAGGAGAAACGAGUUCAGGCUGCUGCUGCUACUGCGAUUCAAGCCUUCUACCGAGGGUGGCAAACAAGGAGAAAAAUGGAACAGGAGAAACGAGCUCAGGCUGCUGCUGCUACUGCGAUUCAAGCCUUCUACCGAGGGUGGCAAACAAGGAGAAAAAUGGAACAGGAGAAACGAGUUCAGGCUGCUGCUGCUACUGCGAUUCAAACCUUCUACCGAGGGUGGCAAACAAGGAGAAAAAUGGAACAGGAGAAACGAGCUCAGGCUGCUGCUGCUACUGCGAUUCAAGCCUUCUACCGAGGGUGGCAAACAAGGAGAAAAAUGGAACAGGAGAAACGAGCUCAGGCUGCUGUUGCUACUGCGAUUCAAGCCUUCUACCGCGGUUUGCAAACAAGGAGAAAAAUGGAACAGGAGAAACGAGUUCAGGCUGCUGCUGCUACUGCGAUUCAAGCCUUCUACCGAGGGUGGCAAACAAGGAGAAAAUUGGAACAGGAGAAACGAGCUCAUGCUGCUGGUGCUGCUACGAUUCAAGCGUUCUACAGAGGUUUGCAAACAAGGAGGCGGUACCUUUUGGCGAAGAGCAGCGCAGGGAGGAUCCAGGCGGCGUACAGGACGUGGAGAUUGUCUCUAAAAAGAGAAAUGGCUGCCAACGUUAUUCAAAGGUUCGUAAGGAGACGCAAAGAAGCCAUCUCUCGGCCGGAGCCCAUGGGAGCCACUACAGAAGAUUGGAACACUGUCAGAGUGGAGCACUUGGAUCAGUGCCUGGACACUUGCCUUGCGGCGUUAAACCCUCCUCUUCCGCUAGAGCGGCGGCCAAGCUCGUCUCCAGACCACACGCACCAGAGCCUCAACGAGAAGAGACUCCAGCAAGUCGCCAGAGUUUUUCUACUGCAGCACCACAUUGCUCUUCAGCAACAACGCGCAAAGAACGCACCACCAUUCCCUCCAAACCGGAGCCAUCUACAGAACUCUCAAAACCACUACAGGAACUCCCACGUAAACACGAACGCCAGCAACACAACCACAAUCUCGAAGAACAGGAUCGGAGAUGGAGACGUGGUUUUGGAUGUACACUACCUCCUCGAGGAAGUACGUAAGCUCGGUGCCUCCUCCGGCUCGGUUGUGUACAUGCAAAACGAUGACUCCACCUUGUUCGGCUCUGCCAACCAUGAAAUCAUCGACUUUAAACGAAUGAACGCUUUGCUGGUGGUGUUCGUCGCUGUGGUUGUCUACACAAGGAGCAUCUGCCAGGAAGUUUUUGUCUGGGCAAAGCAGUCUACGAAGAAGUAGACCACAAAGCUCUCACCUGGAACAAGCUCGACAGUAACACACAAACUUUAGGAUCCAGAGACUGGAAAUCUAAACACUACAAGUUACAUACACCAAUACAAAUUGUUUGUAGUCUAGGACAA